GCCUGGUUGUGCAUGGUCAGUACACACGCCACGUUGAGAGAGAAAGAUAACAGGCACGUUGUCUGAAUAUAGCUCAUUCCUCAUUAUAGUGUAUCACGUGGUAUAAAAGACAGGAUGGUGGACAGUAUUUACCGCACACGCUCUCUCGGUGUGGCCGCUGUCGGCCUGCCGGAUCAGUACGCCGACGGUAAAGCGGCCAAAGUGUGGCAGCUGUACAUCGGAGACACCAAGAGCCGCACAGAGGAGUACCGCAGCUGGGUGGUGUCUCUGCUCAAACUACAGGGCUGUAACAUGGUGCUGGAUGUAGCCUGUGGCACGGGUGUGGACUCAAUCAUGCUUCUGGAGGAAGGGUUCAAGGUGGUCAGUGUAGAUGCCAGCGAUAAGAUGCUGAAGCAUGCACUCAAGGAGAGAUGGGAGAGGAGGAAAGAGCCAGCGUUUGAUAACUGGGAGAUUGAAGAGGCUAACUGGCUUAUGCUACCCGAAGAAAUUCAGAAGCCUGGAAACGGAUUCGAUGCGGUUAUCUGCCUGGGGAACUCAUUUGCUCAUUUACCAGAUUUUAAAGGGGAUCAGAGUGAUCAGAAGCUGGCGCUGCAGAACAUAGCCAGCAUGGUGAAACCUGGAGGAAUCCUGAUCAUCGAUCACAGGAACUACGACUACAUCCUCGAAACAGGCAAAGCUCCUCGGGGCAAGAACAUUUAUUACCAGAGUGAUUUGAAACAAGACAUCGACACAUCUGUACUCUGGGUGAACAACAAACCCACCAUGGUGACACUGGACUACACACUGGAGAUCCCACAGCCUGAUGGAUCACAGAAGGCACCUGAAACAAGUAAAUUCCGCUUGUCGUAUUACCCGCAUCGGCUGGAGAGCUUCAAGGAGCUACUGAAGGCAGCGUUCUUUGGAAAGUGCAAGCAGAAGGUUUUUGGUGAUUUCAAGCCCUAUACUCCUGGACAAGGAGAAGCUCCUUGUUACUUUAUCCACGUUGUUGAAAAGACUGCUUAAGGCAAUUUUUAUGACCCCAAAUUUUUAUCUCUGCUAUUGUUUCAUCCGCAUUAUCUCUGCUUCAUUUGCCAUUGUUUUAACAGUGGUCUGACCUUGAAAGCUUUUCACAACAGCAAAGGAAGAGCUGAAGACACAACACAAUGCUGAAGAUCAUCAGUUCACACCAGAAUGUGUGAAACCCAAAGAGUACUGGGGCUUUAAUGCCAGUGUUGCACCAUGGUGCAUCAGGCAGCUCAUAUUUGUGUGUGUGUGUGUGUGUGUGUGUGAAGAAACAAAAUGUCCAGUUUCUCAUCCAGAUCUUCCGUUGAAGAAAAACCUUUUACAAACAGAACUCUGCUUUUCCUCCAGCUUUACUACUAUCUAUAUUUUGUUUAAAAUGUUACUAAACCUCUCAUUAACAGACUGAGGCAGAGACCCAAAUUCUCAUUACUCCCUGUAUUCUGAAUAAGAACAAAGCCAGAUUUUUAAGAAAAUAUCCAUGUUGAAUGUUGCAGUGUAUUCUUGUGGAGAUUAAUUUAAACAUUUAUCUCUGACUGUUUUAACGGUUUAAAAGUUUUCCACAUUCACACACUGCUAGUGAUAUUUUGCUCUCACGUCAUCUCAAUCUUUAGGCUCUCCAACCUCCUUAUCUGUGCAUUCUGCUAAAACCUCUUCCAAAUACCGUCGCCAAAGGAGUUAUACCUGUCAUCACAUACAUUAGAUCAUCAACUAGUCUACCCGAGGCUCUGUCAUAACUCAGCACAACUACACAUGUUAACCUACAACGUUAGAGAGGCUCACAAUCGGUCACUUGUCACUGGGUUCAUGCAGAACUGGAAAAUAUAGCACUGGCUGUAUCAAAUGCAUAAGAAAUAUUUCUAUCAAAGCAUUUAAUGUGUUUCAUGGUCCUUUAAGACUGUGAUAGUGUUUACAAAGCUCACAGUCUCCGUCUGCUGAAAUGAUCAUUGAUUGAUUGGGUUUAUAGAAUGUUUAAAAAUGCACUACAGAAAAAUGUAGAAUCGUACAUUUUCUCAUCCAACGGUUUGUUGAUAUGUUUGUAAUGUUUCACUAGCUCAAGUGUUUUUUUUGGUCUGUCACCAAAGUGCAAAGUUCAGGUAGAAAUUGUUCAACCACUGCUUGUCCUAAUGUGACCUAAAAUGAAUGAAGUGUAAUUUCAGGUCACUUUAGGACCUUUUCAAGUUUGUUUGUACUUUUAGAUAUAUAUAAUAUGACAUUUCAAUAUUAUAUUGUUCUUGCUAAAGUACCGUUUGUGUAGAAGUAAGAAUCUACAUUAUACUGACAUGGUAUAAGUUAUUGCAGUGUAAUCAGAAAUGAUCAAACUGUUGGUUAUUUUAAGGCAGAAGCUGGUUUUGAAUUUUGAUGGUUUUAAUUUGGCUGAAAGUGAAUGAACGCCUUGUUGUCCAAAUGCUUUUAAAACUGCGAACAGUGUAUAAUAUCUUUUUGUUGAUUAUAUAAAAAUACAUGUAAAUAAUUAUAGACAAGAUAAAGAAAAGUCUUAUAUUACAGAGAUUUACAGAACUUUAAUUAAACUGCUGUGUUAAUAUUUGUCUGAUAUUUUCUGUUGAUUAGAAGAUAUAAAAAUCACAGUAGGAAUGUUAGUAUUCAUUCUUGUUUGAAUUCAUUAUUUGUAUAAGAAUAAAGUACAUACACACAAAUAUUUUUGCCAAAAGACAAUCAUUUACUCCCAUUUUUGUGCAUCAUUAAAGCCAAAAUGGCGAAAUUA